AAGGGGGAGAAGAGCCAUCGUAGUGAGGGAAGUACAAUAUUGCUGCACGCUCUCGUCGCUGCAGGAGUCCUUCCAACGCCUGGUGCGGUGUAUCUACCUAUGUUAGACCUAUACCGACCCACAGACUCCGCGAGUGUCAUUUUGGUGAUUACUACAGGAAAUUCAGACAUAGUACACAUACUUGGACAUUACGUCUUAUCAUGAGUGACCCCAAAUAUUUUCCCCGUUACAAUGUGAUGGGUGGUUUGGGUACGGUCCGGUGACGGAAGCCGGAAAACUCUGUAGAUAAUUACUCCGGGCAGAUCAUGCUUGUUGGGCUGCCAACAAAAAUCAUGCGCUACUUCAUUUUCUCUCAAAACCAUUUAACUCAGUUUACUGUUGAAUCUCUAUAACAAUGGAGCUACGUAGGAAUUGUUCGUGGGAUAUUUUUGUUUUGACAAUCAUCGUCUCUUUUAAUUACUUAACAUCAAAGAGUUUGACUGAAGUGGAUGUACCGAGUGUUGACGACAAAUGGCUGUCUGACCAAUCUAAUUAUUACUUUGACUACAUGGGCGAUGCUCCGGACAGUGUAAUCAAUAACGAUAACGAUUUGUGUCCGCCGGUACCGGAAGUUAUACCGACUCAUGCCUGUAAAGUGAAAUCAAAAUGUGAAACAGAUUUAGACUGCAGGAAAAAGAAUGGGCGAUGUUGUUUCAAUGGAUGCGUGCGCACAUGUAGGAGGCAGCAGGACCCCCCAGCUGUAAUUGAUUGGAUUAAAGAACCUAGACGCAGACUUAGCUCAGGAAUUUCGUGGCUGUUGAGUGGUCCAGAUUUAGCGCAAGAAUUGGAACCAUGCAGUACGACGCCAUACAGUGAAGAGGAGGAUCCGCUACUCUGUCCCCAUGGUUAUGUAUGUCACGUGGAGGAUCCUGGGGACCCAGAGAUAGACCUUCCCAAUAGGGGUCACUGUAUCCCAGAAUCUGAUGAUAAGUUCGCAAGACUCGGCGUGGGCUACGUUUCCAGGCGUAUGAAGGAUAACUCGUGUUGGAUGGAUAAGUAUGUUCUAUUGGAUGGGGCCAGUAUGGUGUUUAAAGGAAAGACAUGCAUAUGCAAACGAGGAUUUCUAACAUGUUUCCAAAAAAAUGGAGGAUCUUCAUCUUCCUGAGCUGAACCUUAAUCUACGAUUUUCUGUGCUGAAUUUUAACAUUUGUAUUACGUUGAUGAUAAUCGGUAUGGUUCUUUUUAUAAAUAUGUCGUAUGUAUUUUAUGAAAUAAACAUGGAAUAUUAAAA